AUGUCCACUCCUCCUAGUUCUAAGGAGGUUGUUCUCCUGGAGUCAGCAGUUUCCUCACAGCAAAGCCAGGGGAGACCCAGUGCCCUGACACUGUGCCCACUGCCCAUGGUAGAGGCCUCGGGCAGCCCUGAAGCAGGCCCGUGCAGCCCACAGGCUUCUGGAAAGAUGAGUAGCAGGACCUGGACUCCAGGGAGAGGCAGCAGCAGUGCCCUGUGGUGCUUAUCUCUAUUGUUUCUUUUUCCCUCAACUCUUCUCCCACACUGCCUUCUUGUCCCCAACCUUCUCCCAUCGUCAUUCCCCGCUUCCCUUCUCCCUCCCUCCGCUCCUUCUUCUCCCAGCACUGUCUUCUCAGCCCGUCUUUCUGCCUUUUUCUUCCCCUCUCCCGACCUCGUUCCCUGCCUCAUCCUCUUCUCUCCCACCGAUCUUUUUCCCCUCUCCGUCUCUUUGCCCAACGUCGUUUUCGCCCCUUUCCACUCCCCUCCUUCUUCUUCCCCUCAACUCCUCCUCUUCCCCUCUGCCUCUCCCCUUUCCCACCGUCUUCUUCCCCACCUUCUGCCCUUUCCCUCCCCUUUCCAUCCCGACCCUCCUCCUUUCCCACCCCUCCCUUCCCCAAAGUCUUCUUCCCACCUUUUUCUCCCCUCUCCCUCUUCCUCACCGUCUUCUCCCCUCUUCUCUUCUCCCCUCCUUCUUCCCCACCGCGCUCUUCCCGCAUCCUCUUCUGCCCUCUCCCCACAGUCUUCUUCCCGCAUCUUCUUCUCCCCGGUACAUUUUUCCCUUCCCCACCGUUUUCUUCCUCUCAGUCUCUCCGCCUCCUCGCAGCACCGGUUCCUGUGGCGUCGGCUUUUCCUCCCAUCUCCCUCUCGCCCUCCCCAAGGCCUCCCCCACCCUCCUCUCCACCUGCUCGCUUCCCUUCUCCACCUUCCCGCCUAUUCCCGCAGCAGCGUUUUCCCGCCGCUCCCUCUUCUCCCCUCCCGCUCCCCCUCCUCACGGUCUUCGCCCGGCCUAUUACCCCCAACCGUUUUCUUCCUCAUCCCACACCGUUUUCUUCCCAUUUCUUCCCACUUUCUCGCAGCAGUGUCUGUCUGCCGCAGUCUCUUCCCAUCCUCUUCUCCUCUCCGCAUCGUCUUCUUUCCCAGCCUCUUAUUCUCCACCAUCUUCUUCCCCUCCCCACCAUUCUCUUCCCGUUUCCAUCUCCCCACCUUCUCGCAGCAGCGACUUCCUGCCGCGCUUUUCUUUCCCCGCAAUCUCUUUUCCCCUCUUCCUCUCCCCACCGUCUUCGCCCCCGAUCGUCUUCUUGCCCACUCCCUUCUCCGCGCUCUCCCACUGCCUUUCCCCUAGAAGCUCUCCACGCAUGCGCGCCUGUGUCCCUGCCCCCGGUGUGUUUAUGCGCCCAGGCAGCACCCUGAGCUGGGCCCCUGAGCUCCGCUCCAGCAGCCAACUGGAGACCCAAGAGAUUGCUGCCAGUGCCAUCACGACUGCUGCCGCCCCCGCGCCCCCUCCCCCCCGUCCCCCGCCUCGCUGUCCCGCCGCCCCGCCGCUGCUUCAGAACUGAAAAGGGUUGGCUGCGGAAGGAAGACAGUGGGGCCCAGAAGACUGCAGGGAGAGGGGGAGGAGGGUAUGGAGAAGGAAGGUCAUGGGAACAUCCAGAGACCUACAGGGAAGACGGCCAUGGGACAAGGGAGGCAGAGUCUGGAGUUACAUUGCCUACAGUCGCGGAAUGCCAAGGACAGCUGGAAACCACCAGAAGCUAAGAAGGAGAUUUUACCUGAAAGCCUCCCAAAGAAAUCAAUCAUACUCACACCUCGUUUUUGAAUUUCUGGCCUCAUGAAAGGUGAAAAAAUAAAUUUCUAUCAUCUUAA